AUGCCUCCACUAUCACAAUCACAACAUAAGCCGCGAACACCGUGGGGUCAAUCCUCAACUGUCAUCUCAACAAAUCGACAGAGAGAACGGCCGCAGACAACCGCCACGGUGUUAUCAUCCAGAACGCCUAAUGUGCAGCCACGUGAUGGGCGAGGUGUAAAGUCUAUUCCUCAACAGAAAGAAUCUCUUCAGACAAAAACAAAAAAGAAAACAGAGUAUGAAGAGAAGUAUGAAGAAGCCUUAGCCCAAUUGGCACUAUUACAGCAAAAAUUAGAACAACAAACACUCGUUUCCAUGCAAUUAGAACGUAAUGUGUUGGAGUAUUAUUAUACAAAUGCCAUCUCUUUUGAAGACUAUGAUGGUGAACGUGUCCCGCAGCAAAACAGUCUUUCUCAUCAUUAUUACUUUACGAGUUUAAUUUCAAAGGCCAGACGUGAACGACGAGAACGACGGGCUCGUGAGGAAAAAAUCCUUCAAGAAGAAAAACGUCGAGUGCAGAGUCUUGUGGAGGAUAUUCAAACCCGUAUUCUUCACGGUACUCUCGCAGAGGAGCGAAUACAGGUUGAAGAGGCGGAGAAGGAAUUAAAAACACUCCAACAACAUCUUGCAGAGAAAUUGGAUGAUGGAAAAGCCUGUCAGGUCUCUUUAUUGGAGGAACUGAAUAGACAGAAAGAGUUACAGCAGGAAUAUAUAGAUUGUGAGAAAAAAAUACAAAAAAUGGAAGAAGUAAAAGAACAACAAAUGAUGAAUGUAGAUGCAACGCGGGUGCAGUUAGAGAAACAACGGGAAGAGUUGGUAGUGGCGCAGGCGGAACUGCGGAAGAGAGAAGAUGUAGUCGCAGAGUUGAGAGAGACGAUUGUGCGACUCACACGUAAACGUAAACAACGUGAAUGA